AUGACAACAAUCGGCACAAAUGCCACAACAAUUGGCUCGAUGUCUGUCUCCACCGCAACCAGUGGCCAAUCCUAUGCCGUUAACAGCGGUUCCAACGGAUCCAAUGGUUUGUUGGCCUCAAUAAAUCAAUUGCCAAAUGAUUUGUUGGCCAAUAAAGAGAUCUUCACGACUCUGUUGGGCGAUUGCGAGUCUGUUUGGCAUCAGUUGAACGACAAUACGAGACAACAAUUGGUGGACAACUAUCUGCCGAAAGAGCUGUCUUUGAGUGAUAAGGAGAAGACAAUCCAACUCUUACUGAGCGGACAAUUGAAUCGUUUUAACAAUGAUUUGUUGUCCGAUAUCUUUGUUUCGUUGAAAACCCAUAAAAUGAGUCCCGAUUUGCUUAAGGCUUUAGAAGACGUCAAGACAUUGAAGAAGAAGUUGUUUGCCAUUUAUGAACAGAAGAGACAAUCGCUUCUUCUCAAUGAAGUGAUCCAUAAGAGGAGACAAUUUUUCGAUCAAUCGAUUCAAACAAACAAAUCAAUUGAAAUGAAGAAAACGGUUAAAAAUGCAUUAAUUUCUGAAUCAAAGUCUCUGAAAGAAAGGGUUCGCGAAAGAUAUCGCAAAGAACUGAAAGACAUUUGCAAUAAAAACGACAACUCGUCUGAAGAGGAAGACUACGAUUUGAAACAUACGAUUGAAAAGUCAUUGAUGUCUAAACUGAAUGGAAGUAUUAAUGGUUCAGUGAAUCCAAUGAGUGAUAAACAAUACUUUGAAAUGCUUAGAAAGCAUAAGAGAAAACGAAAAGCCAAAGAGUGUAACAAUUCAUACGAACCCACUCUCGAGAUCCAUAGCAUUACCUUAAGUGAUAUCAUCACGAGAGUGACCAACACUGCCAUCACCACCAACUCGACCAACACUUGUAAAACAGUGAACACGUUAUCACAAACACAUACCAACAAUGCUCUCAAGUCUUCCUCAAUACCAACGCCUAAGAAGAAGGCAAAGCACUCGACGUUCACGAAAACCAUUCAAACAAAUCAAACAAAAAUUCUUCCAAAAUCUCAUUUACACAAAAUUAAAGUCGAAAAAGAGGUGAUAAUUGAAUCCGAAUUAUCCGCUAAAAGUGAUGUUAACAAUAAAGACAGUGUUUUCAGUAUUAAUGAUAAACAGACUGUUGAUAACCUGAACACUAAUCUGACGAUAAAAACAAAUGAUUUGGUGAUCAAAUCGAGUACUACUUCUCCAAAGAUUUCAAGUGUUAAUGAAAUUGAGUGUCCAAUUGUGACAACACUUCCGCCUCAACCGGUUGUCAAACAAUCGACACCUAAUACCACACAAGAGACGGUUAGUCCUGCGGUCGCGCCUCCAGUAGUGUACGAAAAGGCGCCCAAAUGUUUCUUCUCAUUACUUCGUGACAUAUUUAUGUCGAGCGGAUCCAGUGAUCAAAGACUCACUUUACAUAAGUUGGAAGAACUGGUGAAAGAGAAACUGCGAGCCUAUAGUCCACAUAUCGGUUGGUCAACAGAAAUGGUGGCCUCAGCCAUGAACUACUUGAGUGGAGUGCUUCCACCGCCACAUCUGGUGCCUCUCGUCGACUACAAAGAGAAGAACCAACAGUGGCAGUGGAUUGGAGGCGGAAGGGAUCGCGACCAGGAGUUGAUCCCUCUUUCCGAUCAAUGGAUUAAGAAUAAAGACGAAGACCCGACCGCAGGACUGAUCAACUUCUCGCAGACAUUGCCUCCGCCCGCCAAAUGCCUCACCGAUUGGAUCGUUAAGCCGUCCAGUGAUGAAGAAAAGAGCGUUUAUCGUAAACAAGAGGCCGUGAGAUAUAACAAUCCGUACAAAGCGUUCACUUAUAAAGUGCACGGAUAUGAGAGUGUUGUCGGACCCGUCAAGGGUUGUGGUAUUGGCGCCGCAAACGGUCAUAACGUUUCGAGUCCUAAUAAGGCGAGAGAACAUUCACUCCUUGUUAACGAUAGGCCACCGUUUGUGACACUAUUAAGUUUGGUGAGAGACGCGGCCGCACGACUGCCCAACGGCGAGGGCACCAGAGCUGACAUUUGCGAACUCCUUAAAGAUUCUCAAUACCUGUUGCCGACCAUAUCUGACCAACAAGUGAAUGGUAUAGUGAGCGGUGCUCUCGACCGACUUCACUACGAAAAGGAUCCGUGCGUUAAGUAUGACGUAAACCGAAAGGUUUGGAUUUAUUUACAUCGAAACAGAACUGAAGGCGAGUUCGAGCGCUUACAUGAGGUCCAGAUCGCAGCCGCAAAGGCUAAGCGAUCGAUGACUAAAGCCUCGCGAAAGACUAAUUGUGUUACAAACCAAAGCAAUCAAUUGAGUCAAACGACGGGACAGCUGUUCACAAAGACUACACAACAGGCCAUACAUCAGGCGGUCACUAAUAUUUUGAAUUCAGAAGCGCUUAAAUUGACCACAAAAUCGGCUUCUAAUUCGAGUGAUAAUUGUGAGAAUCCUGUGGUCAGCGGUUCGACCGAAACCGUGAAUUUACACAAAGGAUUUGUUUCCGAUUUGAAGACUUCUAUAUUAGUGAACGCUAACAAAGAGAAAGAUGUGUCUCAAGUGAACUCUUUGAGUCCGUUCAAUGGGUCCACAACUGCGACCACUUUAACAUCAAAUUCUUUAUUUUUGUCACUUCAGGCAAACAAUCAGAUCCACUGCAAAACAGACGUCACUUCUUCUGGCAGUUUAUCCAUUGAUAAGAAAAAGCCAACGAAACCUAAAGACAAUAAAGUGAUUGAGCCGUCGAAGAAUAUCAAACCAUUAGACAUCAAACAGAGUAUUAUUGUGUCGACAAAUAGUAUCACUCAGUCGAGUGUCAGCCUUUCCAUAGCAUCGACUGAUGGCACGAAUACUAUUAAAAGUGAAUCCAAUGUUACAAAAGUUGUACAAAAACCUCGACAACCAGUUAGACAAACAAAGCCUCCGAUUAAAGUCCAGUUCCCGAAGGCUAUCACUCUUCCGAUCCCUAUAACGCAAAAUACUCUUAAAGCUCAGCCAACGAUCACGACAUGUGCCGCAUCGGAGGUUCUGCCGACUCUCAUCAGUGUUACCAACCCUUCAAACAAAACCACCACUUUGUCAUCCAAUACAGAGUCUCUACAACAAAGACCAUUGACUACUAAAUUGAUAUCCGGUCCGUAUCUGAACAGCAAUAGUGGUUCCGGCGGUGCCAACAAUCAAAUGCAUCAAAUAAGUAUACCUACGAGUGUACUGUUUGGCGCUCGACCCGGUUCUGUUGUAUUAGCCACUCCGACGGGAAAGUCUUAUAUGAUGGCGGCUGCGGGCGGUUCUAUUGUUCUUCAACCAAACUCUAGCGCUCCGUCUAUGAGUAAUUCGUCGGAAACUACUGGCACUCAAUCGACUCAACCGCUUGCCGUUCGCACACUUCAAGGUAUUCGUGUCAUACCAGUGAACGCCAACCCAAACACCAAAAUUCAUACCCCAAUAACUGCUAAAAACAACGGACCGAACGCACCGGUAGUGAUGGCCACUCAGCCCCAGACGGCUAACAUUCCCGCUCAUCACCAGUUCGUCGCCCGUAUAAUAACGACCGCCCAAACCAAUAGAGGGAAUAUACCUCAGACUCAAAUUGUCAUCCCUUCCACCUCUUCUCUGCAGCCAUUAUUUAUAGCACAUCCGUCGCAGAGCGCCGGCACCUCUCAGCCAAUCAUACAGCAGUUGACUACAACCACAACCACAACAACCGCACAGCUAUCUAAUGAUAUGCAGAAGACGAACGUGACGUUGACUCUCCCUCGGGAACGACAACCAACUAAUCCUAAUUCUUAGUUAAAUUACAUUAAUAAACAAUAGGAUCACAAAU